CAGGCAGACUUUUGUAUAUAUUUUACGUGCCGUGCCCAGACACCACGCUCUAAACCAUACCAAAACUAAAGUUCCUUUGCAAGUUUUAUUUGCAACAAAUUAUAAAUCGUCGUUAUGUCUACCUUAAGGCCGUUUACAGUCGAUGACUUGUUUAAGUUUAACAACGUAAAUUUAGAUCCUCUUACUGAAACUUAUGGAUUAUCUUUUUACAUGCAAUAUUUGGCUCAUUGGCCUGAAUUCUUCCAAGUAGCAGAAUCACCUAGUGGUGAAAUUAUGGGUUACAUUAUGGGUAAAGCAGAAGGACACGGAGAGAACUGGCAUGGACACGUUACAGCUCUCACAGUUUCUCCAGAUUAUAGAAGACUAGGUCUUGCUGCAAGGCUCAUGAACUUUUUGGAAGAAGUUUCAGAGAAGAAAAGAGCUUACUUUGUAGAUUUGUUUGUUAGAGUUAGUAACAAAGUGGCAAUAAAUAUGUAUGAACAACUAGGAUAUAUAGUAUACAGAACUGUAUUAGAAUAUUAUAGUGGUGAUCCUGAUGAAGAUGCUUAUGACAUGAGAAAAGCCUUGUCUAUAGAUGUCAAAAGAAAAUCAGUAGUUCCUCUUACACACCCUGUGCGACCUGAAGAUGUAGAUUAACUUUUAGAUUACAUAAACUAAUGUGUCAUAAAAUUUCAAGAAUCAAUCAUUAUAUAUUUUCAUCGUAGUAUUGACAAAUGAAUUAAAAUUCACUAAUUAUAGCUGAUAUUAAAUACAUUCAUAAUUUUUAUGAUGGUAACACAAUGAUUUUUAAGAACUCUUUAUAUAAUAGAGACAAUUCUUUAUCCAUG